AUGACCUCUUCUGGAGUGAAAUGGACUGCUAUAGUCUUAACAACAGCCAGCAAAGAGUGGACAUAUGCUUUUCAGAAGGAGUUGGAGCUGCGACAAGCUAAAGGUUACAUAGCUAAAGAUGUAAUUGUACUCACUGUGGAGGAUCCAAAAACUAAUGUAGGGAGUGGAGGUGCUACUGUCAAUGCUCUACUGACCAUAACAGAAUACAUAAGUGCUCAAAAGGGUCAUUCAGUGAUCAGUGCAGAAGUUUUGGAGGAAUCCUGGGUAUUAAUAUUACACAGUGGUCGGCACUACCCGUAUGACCAGUGUGGGCGGACAUUUGUGACCCUCCCUGCUGAGUAUGUGACCCCUGAAUAUGAUGGACUGAUCUGUAACAUUGAUAUACUCAUCAGAAACAUAACGGAAAAGCUGGCAGCAAAGUCAGGACCUGGACUAUGGGUUAGCAGUACAGAUAUGUUCCUUUCAUUCCCUAAAGAUUGUGAUAUUCAGUGGAAGAGUUGUGAUGCGUGUGCUAUCACUGUCCCUGCUACACCACAGUACUGUAAACAUCAUGGCGUCUAUAAGAUUGAUAAAGAGGGAUAUGUGGAAAAUAUUCUGUAUCAGAAGGAUGUAGGCAGUUUGGAAGAUUGUGAAAUUAAGGGAGGAAAGGUUCCAGUGGUGUGUUCUGUGGUGUUCUUUAAUCACAUUAUUGCUCAGAAGUUACUGGCCUUCCAUGUCAAGCCACCACUAGAUGCCUGUACAUAUAUGGGUUUGGACAGCGGAGAACCCCCAAUACAGUUGUCUUUGUUCUUUGAUGUCAUGUUACCAAUGGCAACAGGAGUUACAGAGAUGGACUUUGUCAAUGGAAAAUGGAGUAGAAGUGGCACACCUGAUGACCUUGACACUCAGAGAAGGAUGAAGAAGGCAAGGUCAUUGCUGUGGAAGGAACUGGGAGAAUAUAAAAUGUGGGCAUGCUUGGUAGAGUCUGGACAGUUCCAUUAUCUGUCAGGGGAGGCCCAGGAUCACAAGAAGCUCAUUCAGAAUUGUCCCUAUCAGAAUAAUUUUCCAGAAGCUACAUUUUCCUGGUCAAACAGGACACAUUCUUAUGUUGAGUCCAGCUGCAAAGUGAACGAGGACAGCACCUUGUUGAACAGUGCUUUGUAUGGGAAUGUGACUGUAGGAGGGAAAACUGUGGUUUCUUGUUGUAAGGUCAAAGGUCAUGUUACGUUUGGCAAAGACUGCUAUAUAGCUGGUCUGAAAGUGGACAAUUUUAAGAAAACUAUUACUAUCGAUGAUUCUAUGGUUGUUCAGUCCUUUAAUGUUCACCUCAGAACUCUGGGAAUUACACGAGAAAUCCUCACCAUUCAUGGGAGAUACGACAAAAUUCAGGUUCCAUAUUGGAAGAGUUCGAGCACAUUCUGCAACAUGCCAAUGGUGGUAUGGAUGAACAAGACAGGAAUUGUGAAGGAGGACUUGUGGAGCACAGAAGUGGACAAUGAGAACCAGACAAUGUUCCAGGCCAAACUAUUUCCUGUCAUCCAUGCCACAGAUUCUAUAGGGUUGGAAGACCUUCUCUGGAUCCAGGGAGCUGUUCCAGAUGAGGAUCGCACUAGACUUAAAAGGUGGCAAUCAUCAUGGAGGCUGAGCAUGAAAGAAAUCUUAUCCUUUGUCAAUGCUGAACAGGAACUACAAUCUAGAAGAGAGAUGUUUUAUGAAGUCAAGAAGGAAGAAAUAACAAAUGCCUUGCUGCAGCGACUCCAUAAAGGGUUUCAUCCAAUAUACAACAGUGCAGGAAUCGAUGGAUUCUCCAUAUCUAUUUUGGAAAAACUAGAUUCAGUGGCUAAGAGUUGUCAGAGUGAUCCUGGAGUAGCAGCACGGACACUUGCUAAUAUAGCUGACGUACUGGGCUCCAAAGCAGGACAGAAGGGAGGGUUAAGGAGUGGACCAGCGGCAAACAAGGCCUGGGCAAAGGCAUUCCAUCUCCUAGAGAAUAAGGAGCUGGAGAAGGGAGUGAGUGCGCUGGCCAAGGAGCGGACAAAAUGGUUAGACCGGGCCGAUCUGUUAGUGAGGGCGGCCAGGCAUUAUGAGGGGGCUGCCCAGAUACUCAUACGUCACGCUGUAAUGACUGCCAAAGAAUACUUUAAACCUGAGCCCUGUUCGAUGCCCUUUAUCAAUAAAUGGGUGACGGCCCUUUGCCCGGCACGUAUCGAUGUGUCUGGAGGAUGGUCAGACACGCCCCCUAUCACGUACGAACAUGGAGGAGCAGUCACAAUGAUAGGUCUACAGAUUAAAGGAAAGCAUCCAGUUGGAGUUAAAGCCAAACGAAUACCUGAACCUAUGCUGAAAUUGGUUAUGUAUGGCAAUGAUGGUGACACAACAGAGGUCAUAUGUCGUGAACUUAGUGACCUUGAGGAUUAUUAUCAACCUUAUAGCCCAGGAGCGUUGCUUAAAGCGUCGUUUAUCUGUGCAGACAUUGUGAGUUUAACUUCCUCCAGGUCCCUAAAGGAGCAAUUAAUGGAGGGAUAUGGAGGAGGGUUUGAAAUCCACAGUUGGUCAGUGUUGCCUCAGGGAUCAGGUAUGGGGACCAGCAGCAUUUUAGCAGGAGCUGUAAUGGCAGCUAUUUUGAGAGCUUCAGGAAAAACUUGUGACAAGAAAGGGCUGAUUCAUGCUGUGCUGUACUUGGAACAGUUGUUAACUACAGGUGGUGGUUGGCAGGACCAGGUUGGGGGUCUCAUGGGGGGAAUUAAAAUAGGACUGUCAGAGGCCAAACUUCCUAUCGCUGUAGAAGCAGUAGACCUGAAGGUGUCUCCAGAGGUCAUACAAGCUGUGAAUGAGAGACUCCUAUUGAUCUACACUGGAAAGACUCGAUUGGCUCGUAAUCUUCUACAGGAGGUAGUGAGGAACUGGUAUGCUAGAAAUCCAAACAUAGUAGAAACAGAGAAUGCCUUAGUGGUGUUAGCACAGGAUUGUGCCCAUGCAUUUAUUGAUGGUGAUCUACAAAAAGUGGGAUCCUGUCUUGACAAGUAUUGGUCAAUGAAGAAAAUUUUAGCCCCUGGAUGUGAGACACCCACCAUUGCUAAGCUGAUGGCAGCAGCCCGACCUUUUGCUUACGGCAUGUGUAUGGCAGGAGCAGGAGGAGGAGGCUUUCUUUAUGUGUUAACGAAAGACAUGAACCACAAACACUUAUUGCUGGACAUCCUCGGAACAGUGGAGGGUACAGAGGGGAAGGAGGUGUAUGACUGCAGUAUUGACACAGAGGGACUUGUUCUGACUGUGGAGGAUUGAGUCAGAAUAUUUAGUGUAAUCAGAUAACACAGGACCCGAAGUGUAUACAGUAUACAUACUGUACUGUUGUCUGCUAUGAUCUUAACAAGGACAGGAUGUGGAAUCCAGAGUAUUAUGAGACUAUUAUAACUGUCAUGUGAUGAGAUAAAAUAAUAUUAAUUCAUGUCUCAAACUGAGUAGAGAAAGACUAUGAGUGUAGGGUCAACAAUGGGGAUAUUUGUCUGAAAAGAGACAAAGAAAUCUAUUCUGCUUUUAUCA